CCCAUGAAUCAGUGUUGCCGCCUGUAGCGGAGGUUGAUGAAGACGAGGAGCUUGCUCUUUGACCCAUAUCUUAUUUAUUGGGUUUGUGAAUAUGUAUAUAUAUAUAUAGAGAGAGAGAGAGAGAGAGAGAGAGAGAGAGAGAGACGUUUUAAGUAUCGUGACAAUAGCCGAAUAAACUUUCCCUCACUUUCUCAUAUUUUCUUUCGAUGAAUGGCAAAUUUUCAUGGAAGCCAAACAGCUUCAAUUCCACUCGCGAACAGAUACGAAGCUCUCCUCCGAGCUGGCCCACGACUCAAGCCUCUCCAACAAGUUCACGCCCAUUUCAUCGUCUCUGGGUCGCACCAUAGCCUCCAAUUCAUCACCAAACUCAUCACCUUCGCUUGCACCGCCGGCUCAAUCACCUACACUCGCCAACUCUUCCUCUCCAUUACCAAUCGUGACUCUUUCCUCUUCAGUUCCCUCAUCACAUCUUGCUCCAAAUUUCACUUCCCUCUCGAUUCCAUCCUCUUCUAUCGCCGCAUGCUCAGUUCCUCUAUAUCACCUUCCAAUUACAUUUUCACGGCUGUGAUCAAAUCGUGUGCUGAAUUAUCAGCUCUGAGAAUCGGUAAAAUUGUUCAUUGUCACGCUCUGGUUCGUGGGUUUGGUUUGGAUUCGUUUGUUAAGUCUGCUUUGAUCAGCUUCUAUGCAAAAUGUGGUGAUUUGGGAAUUGCGCGGAUGGUGUUCGAUGAAAUGGCGGAAAGAACUGUUGUCGCAUGGAAUUCGAUGAUUUCUGGGUAUGAGCGGAAUGGUUUUGCUGAGGAGGCAAUUGGGUUGUUUUAUCAGAUGAAAGAUUUGGGUGUUGAGCUUGAUUUGGCUACAAUGGUGAGUGUGUUGUCUGCUUGUUCCCAACUGGGAGCUCUUGAUUUGGGUUGUUGGGUGCAUGAUCAUAUCAUAGAGAAUGGUUUUGAUAUGAAUGUUGUUCUUGGUACUUCAUUGAUCAACAUGUAUGCUAGGUGUGGAAGUGUUGGGAAAGCCCGGGAAGUUUUUGAUUCGAUGAAUGAUCGAAAUGUUGUCGCUUGGACAGCCAUGAUUUCAGGAUAUGGUAUGCACGGUUAUGGUAGAGAAGCUGUAGAGCUGUUUCAUAAGAUGAGAGCUCAAGGACCGCCUCCCAAUGAUGUCACGUUUGUUGCAGUGUUGUCAUCAUGUGCACAUGCAGGGCUAGUCAAGGAGGGGCAACAAGCAUUUGCUAGUAUGAGGUUGCAUUAUGGGUUAUCGCCAGGAAUGGAGCAUCAUGUUUGCAUGGUCGACAUGCUUGGGCGUGCUGGACUUCUCAGUGAAGCAUUUCAAUACAUCAAACAAUUGAAUCAUGUCAAGCCAGCACCAGCAGCGUGGACUGCAAUGCUUGGAGCUUGCAAGAUGCAUAAAAAUUUUGAUCUUGGAGUACAAGUUGCUGAGUAUCUCUUAGCUGCAGAACCGGAAAAUCCAGGACAUUAUGUAUUGCUUUCAAAUGUAUAUGCACUGGCUGGCAGGAUGGAUCGAGUGGAAAUGGUUAGAAAUAUGAUGAUUUCAAAAGGCCUAAAGAAGAGUUUUGGCUUUAGCACUAUAGAGGUCAAUCAAAAGACUCAUUUGUUUAGCAUGGGUGAUAAAUCUCACCCUGAGACAAUUGCAAUCUAUCAGUAUUUGGAUGAGUUGAUACAUAGGAUCAGUGAAGCAGGGUAUGUACCAGUGCCUGAGUCAGUAAUGCACGAGUUGGAAGAAGAGGAAAGGGAGUACGCGCUUAGAUAUCAUAGCGAGAAGCUUGCAAUUGCAUUCGGGAUCCUAAAAACUAAUCCUAGGACGACAAUUAGGAUUGUGAAGAACCUCCGAAUGUGUGAGGAUUGUCAUUCGGCUAUUAAGUUUAUCUCAGUUAUUGCUAAUAGAGAAAUUGUUGUUCGGGAUAAACUUAGGUUUCACCAUUUUAAAGAUGGGUCUUGUUCUUGUGUAGACUACUGGUGACUAAAACACUUGCUUGCCAGGAGUAAAACUUGAGUGUAACGGUGAUACCACGUCAUCAUGCACGCGUGAUAUCACCAACUAAUUAUAACCCAACACAUGAUUGAAUGAACCCCACCUAUUAACUAUAACCACCCACUCAUUUCACUGUCAUAACUUCAGUGUAACUUCCAUGUCAUCAUAAUGUAGUUAGGAUCUAUACAUAGUGGGUAGGUGGUAACAUGUUAAUGGUUGGUGACACCACGUAUGCAUGAUGACAUGUAUCAUCGUUAUAAUUAUUUUUUUCUUGCCUGCCAGGUCUAUUGAGAUUGCUAUAUGAAUAUUCUUUUGGCUUU